AUGGCUUCGAACCCCACACCGGCACCCGCACUACUGAUCGUCAAGAACCUCGAUGAUGAUGCCUCGCUUUGUAUACAAUCUCGAAUGGGCAUGACUGUCACCGAGUUUAUGAAAAGACUUCGGGAACCGCAGACGAAGCCGUACCCCGGUUCGGAAGUGUCACGCAACAACUUCAUUUGGCCUAAGCAUACAGAUUAUGAAAUUUGUGACCCUACUAGUGCUGUCUAUCAACGUGAUUCCAAUGACUGCAGCUGGUCUCUUCGUUUCCGUGCGCUCGGAUGCUACCUGGCAGCCGAACCAACCGAACCUCCCAGGGGACCUCGUACACCUCCACUAUUUCCCAAUAACCAGACAGUUGAGGAGCCAUCUGCCAAGCCCUUGACACACCCGAAGCCAUCUGUCAAUGGGGAACAAUGGAAGACGCUUCUAAAAUCACGCUCAUCUAUGAAUUCCUUCCAUCGUCUUUCUUCAGAAAACAUCACAGCAGAACAACAUCUCCAACUUGAGGAAGAUUUGCAGCUGUCCGAUAGCGAAGAGGAACCGGAGCAGACGGAUCUCAGAACCCCUGCAGACAAGUUGCCUUCUCGUCCAGGUUCUAGACACCAUCAUCAUGUUGUGAACACCACGCAGCUUCAAACGUUCCACUCCGCUGAAUCUCCACGGUCCGUAGGUAACCAAGUUUACGGUAACCUGUCUCGACCUGUGCCUGUCGAACAUCUAAUCAAUGAAUGCAGCGAAAUCCCCCCACCGUUUGUGAGUCCUCUGUCAACCAUGGGUGACGAAGCUUUCGAUUGUGAGCCGGCUGACAUUGCCACUCACUUCGAAAACGAAGUUGUGAUACAGUCGGAUUGCACUGAUCGAAAGGAACAGAUGCUGCUUGACCGACCUGCCGAGAAAUCCGGUUGUUCGGAUUCGCGUUCGUUUUCGAACCUCCCGAGUAUCACCGAACCUGAUGUCUUCCGACGACUCAAAGUCAGUGUAGCUUCUCCGGAGACGGAGCAUGAAGUGAACCACGAAUUGUCCAAUGAGAAUCUCACUGACCGCUCCGAUCAAGACAGUCUAAUACCGUCACCCGUCGCGCAUCACGACCAACAGGCACAGAUCAACGGCGUGAAGCCGUUCGAGCAGAAUGAACUGAAGCCGUUCAAUGGUGUGGACAUUCAUCGUGAUUACGUCAAACGGUUGCUCGCCGAGUCCACCGCCGUGCUCACUGCAAAACAUCAUUGCCUGGUUACUGGUCUGUCUCCUGUUAUUGAUGCGGUAUCCUGGAAAACCGGCGUAUUCUCACCGGAUAAAGAGAACACCUUGGUUCCCAAACCUGCCUUAAGCACGCCUAGUCCGUCCAAGACGCGGAUAGACCGUGUGUGUACCUCUAGUGCGCAGAUAGCACACCCACUGAAGUCCGCAUCCACGAGGCGAAAGCAGCCGCGUGGUGUGUCUGUUGAUGAACGGUUAACCGAUCCUCUUAAUAGAUCUUUCGACUCUCCCGGCGUCAAACCUGACGAUUCCCUUGUACAGGAUGGAAGAACUCUCUCUAGCCCCCCAUCCCCUACCAAACGCUCAGUUUGUCCACCCGCAACUGAGCAUACCGAGCCACAACCUAUGGACGAAGGACCAGACAACAAAUCUCAGGUAUUUUGUGUCUUUCCGACCAGCAGGCAAACCAAUAACCAAAUGCAUCCACCCCAACCGAACACUGAUUCUUCAAAUUCUGUAAAGACUGAGCCACGCAAUACUUCCAAUUCUUCAGAUUCCCUCAAACUUGAGGAAGGAAAAUCCGAGUGCAUUUCCAUUAGAAAGGAGACCGAAAUCGAUCCCAUGGUGAAUUGUCGUCAUCUGGCCCCGAACCCCAUCGCCAAUACCACCGCUUCUGACCGCGUCUUCAUGCCGCCUCCAGACUCGGCCACUGCCAAAGCCAAACGACAAAACCUCCACACAGUCGAGGCGAAAGAGGACACCGGUGAUGUUGUCAACGAAACAAAAUCAGCCGGUACUUGCUCCGCUACUUCCGAAUCUCUAUCACCAAGUGCUUUGGAUAAAGAGCAAACAAAAUCGGCUCCAGGUACCACCACCCUCCGUGCCUUUCCAGAUAAGCGUUGGCUAUUCUCAGAUGUCGCUUUAGCCAAAGUUCGUGCAAAGGUACAGAAUGUCGUUCAACGGUUCAACACUAACAAGGCGCACAAUCGGCAGGAUCUUCUUGAAAAUAUCAGGGCAACUUUGGCUGCCUUUGUUGCCUCAGGUGCGAACCGAGACCAGCCAAAGGAUGCCGAAGGACGUAAAUCUCGACCUCGUCCACUUAUGGGUGUUCUGCUUGUUCCUCUCUCGACCGACGGUCCAUUCCUUCCUCAGCGAACGGAAGAUGUUGCUCUCCCUCAGUCGGUUCCGCUGGAGCAACCCAGUCGAUUGGAUGGUUGGAGUAUGACAUCACCUUCGCUGGCCAAUACCGUGUCCUUCACAACUGUUGGAGUGCAGUGUGAAUUCCCCUCUCUCAGGUCUUCUGUUUCAUCAACCCCGUUGUCGUCUCCCCCACUCGAUGCACUAUCUAAUCCACGUGUAUCACAAUCAACCCUUGGACGAUUACCGCAGUGUGCCAACUGUCAUGACAUAUCGCGAAAAAGUCACGUAUCAUCUCCCUCGGCGACGGCAUCCAUCGUGAAUUCUAAAUUUUUGGAGGCCCAAGAUCUGUUGCUCGCUGUGGAAGAAGAAAAUCGCGUUCACGACACCACCGUCGACCAGCAGCUCCAUUUGGCCGGCGAAUGCAACAGUGAAGCGUCCCAGUGCUGGAAGUCGCUGGUCAGCGUCAUUUCCGACACACAAAGUAUGAAACCCAACAACGAUAUGUACCAUCUCCUUCUUAGUCUGGAUUCUCUUCACAGAUAUCCAGUGCAAUUGAUCCGUGUGGUGCGCCACUUUAUUUGUGCAGCGUAUUUGCUUGAACGAAGCGGAGAUUUUGAACGCGCCGCGAAAAUUCUCGCAGAAGCCUCUGGUCAGAUAGACCACAUCAAUCGGAGAAUGCGGCGUGUGGAAAUGAAACUGAUCAAGCGACGCAUUCGGCCUCAAAAGCCUAUCGAUCAUCAGCCAGCUGGUACAAGUGACCCUUCUGCUCGGGCCAGACGUGAUGCGGGAUGGAUGCAUUUGUGGUACUAUGUUCUCAGUCGUAUUCGCUCCAUCCUCAAUUUCAGAGAAUAUCGACUACGGAUUCAGCUAGCGGGAACUCUACACACUGAGGUCGAGGAUGAUAUGGCUGCCUUACAGCUUCCCGCCGAGGAUUCCCAGAUCCAAAACAACAAGCCAAUCCCAGCCACUUCGAUGAAUAUGUCAGUCGAAACUCUGCAGCGGCUACGGCGACUGAUACAGUUGCAGGGAAUGGUUCGCCAGGCAACAGUUGACUGGGAAGAAGCCGAGAAGCUCGCUGCCGAAGUUCCUCCAUGGUUGUCAGAUUCCCACCGUCCAGAUGGGUCUGUCAGACUAACAGAAAAAAUUGAUGGAGAUAUUGCACGUACCGUGGGUGGAGCUCACCUAAGCGGAUGGCAAACACGCACUGGAACCCUGUUGCGCUUCAUCGACGGAAUCGUGAAAGUUCAUGAAGUAAUACUGGGGCAAUUGAAAUCCACUCUCUCUGAGGCAGCAUCACCAUCUUCCGACUCUGUCAGACUCCGGCCUGUAUCAGAUUCCGAGAUUGGCACGAUCAAACCGCCACCACCAGCUGACAAGAAACCGUUUGAGGUCAAUAUUCUUUCGAAAAACGAAAAUUUCACGGAAAACUCAUCGCUAUCGAAAUCCCACAAGAGUCGUUCAAAGCGAAAACCGGCAGUUCAGCCAGUGAAAUCUGUUCCUGGUGAAAUCAGUGGAUCCGUGUCACGGGAUCCCGAUGAGGCUGUAAAGGCAUCCUCAACUCCAGUGCAUAUACAAAAGAAUGAGUUGAAUGGGCAGGGGAAUCCAGGGUCCAAAGAGAAAAAGGUACGAAAACGCCAGCUCGUCAUGUCAGAUGACCAUAGACUCUGGGACAAUAACAACCCACCUAUUAUGAGCUUCACUCCCAGCACGGCGACCAAUACGGAUGUGGAUUCCGAGUCUGUCGCCUCCUCGAUGAAUAACGAGCCCAGCUCACUUUCAGACCGCGGUGCAACGUUGUCCGUCAAGCAAAAGAAACCGCGCAACAUGCGGGUUCCUAGUAAGCGCGACUUGCAACUGAAAGAAAACGAGGAUAUCAAGCAUGAUGUACACAGAAACAUCCGCGAUGCUGAAUCUCACCAUUCCACGAAGGUCAAACCAAGAGAGGUCGGUGAAGUUCAGCAGUCCAGCUGUAAACAAAGUAUCAAACCACUUGACCCGUCAGAAGGUUGUGUGACCAGCACGCCAACCGAAAAUGGUGGAAUGCAUCCCUCCGACACCUUUUCCCCCGAAUACCCACCUUCUAGCCCUUCACCUCCGGUAAACCGACGUCGCAGUAAAAGCUUGGCACCGACCUACACAACUGCUCGGAGCUCAUCCCCAGUGGAUCUCCAAGGCAAGCAAGAACGAACGAAACGGAAAAAAGCGCGUCUAUAUCGGACAGCUUCGGACAGCAAUGAUGACAAUUCUGAAGAUAACGCUUACCAACCGAAGCGAGUCCGCGCCGCAGUCCCGAAGUCCUCACAACACGAUUUUUCGGACCCCGAAUCCACUAAAUCCAGCUCUCCACCACCACCAUCCUACAGGCCUUCGGUACCCGCGGCUCCGUUGAAUGUACCCAGGGAUAGACGCUCAGCUUCGGUUGGACGUAAUUUGUCCGCUAGAAGCAAUGAGUCAACUCUACGGUCUGCCAAUUCUACAAUGUCUGCUAGUCAGAAUUCGACAAGCGAUUCGAUGGGUUACAGUCCCACAAAACAAACUAUGGUCAAUGGGACCGCAGAAACGCGCGAAAAACCUGGCCCUGCCGGGGCUCUACCCGUUUACCGGGUCUCCCGAAUAGUGAGCAGCCCUCAGAACUCCACGGCGAAUUCCGUUCGUCAGUCAUCCGACACCUCUAGCUCAACUGUUUUGUCCGUGCGACGGAGCUCCACUCUUAACGAUGCAGACGGUAAGGUUUCCAAGGAUAAAUUUCCUUCGUUUUAUGCUCGUUGGAAAAAUGAACCCUUGUGUCAAUCCAACUCGGUUGCCAAGUCCAAGUCCCAACAUGUGCACCGGUAG